AUGGACCAAUCGCUCAUCAAACUCGUCAAUAAGCUCCAAGAUGCAUUCAAUGACGUUGGCAUCCAGAACCCGAUCGACCUGCCGCAGAUCACCGUGCUGGGCAGUCAGUCGUCCGGCAAGAGCAGUGUGCUCGAAAAUAUUGUAGGCCGUGACUUUCUCCCGCGCGGUACGGGCAUCGUGACUCGCAGGCCGCUGAUAUUGCAGCUCAUCAAUCGCAUGCCUGAAUCAGGCGAGGUAGGCGAGCCGACGGGCCAGACCAACCCACACGAAUGGGGCGAGUUUCUGCACCUACCAGGCGAAAAGUUCCACGAUUUCCAGCGCAUUCGCGACGAAAUUGUGCGUGACACGGAGCUCAAAACCGGCAAAAAUGCCGGCAUCAGCGCACAGCCCAUCAACCUGCGGAUUUACUCCCCCCACGUACUUACACUUACGCUCGUCGACCUACCAGGUCUGACCAAGAACCCGGUAGGUGACCAGCCAAAGGACAUUGAGCGGCAAAUCCGGGAUAUGCUGCUCAAGUACAUCUCCAAGCCGAACGCGAUCAUUCUGGCGGUGACGGCCGCCAACACGGACCUGGCAAACUCGGAUGGUCUGAAGCUCGCGUCUGAAGUGGACAUCGAUGGCAGUCGCACGGUGGGUGUGCUGACCAAGGUGGACUUGAUGGACGAGGGCACGGAUGUCGUCGAUAUCCUUGCCGGCCGCGUGAUUCCACUGCGCCUUGGCUACGUGCCUGUUGUGAACCGCGGACAGCGCGACAUUGACACGAAAAAGACGGUGGCCGCCGCUCUGGAUGCUGAGCACGAGUUUUUUGCGAACCACCCGAGCUACAGCUCCAAGGCGCAGUUCUGCGGUACGCCCUUCCUGGCGCGUAAGCUGAGCACGAUUCUCAUGCACCAUAUCCGCAACACGCUGCCAGACAUCAAGACACGGAUCCAGGCACAGCUGAAAAAGUUUGAGCUGGAGUUGGCGUCAUUGGGUGGUGCUAUGGGCGAUGCGAACGCUAGCAAUGCCGUGCUCACGAUCAUAACUGACUUUUGUAACGACUUCCGGCAAGUGAUUGAUGGCAACAGCAACGACCUGAGUGUGAAUGAGCUGGCAGGAGGCGCUCGCAUAAGUUUUGUGUUCCACGAGCUGUUUAGCAGUGGUGUUAAAAGCAUCGAUCCGUUCGACUCGGUGAAGGACACGGAUAUCCGCACGAUUCUAUACAAUUCGUCUGGAUCGUCGCCCGCUCUGUUUGUGACGACAUCAGCCUUCGAGGUCAUUGUGAAGCAGCAGAUUCGGCGCCUGGAGGAGCCGAGUCUCAAAUGCUGCUCGCUUGUGUAUGACGAGUUGGUGCGGAUACUGUCCCAGCUCAUUGCGAAGAACACCCAGUUCCGCCGCUUCCCUGCGCUGCGUGAGCGCUUCAACUCGGUUGUCAUUCACUUCUUUAAGCGGUGCAUGGCACCGACGACGAAGCUGGUGGCCGAUAUUGUGGCUGCUGAGGCGUGCUAUCUCAACACGGGUCACCCCGACUUUUUGUCGGGCCACCGCGCCGUGUCGAUUGUGACGGAGCGACACAUGGCCGCGCAGUCGCAUUCGACAGCUACGUCCGGUACCGAGAUCCGCGGCGGCAAGACCGUGCCGAGCUCGGUGCUGAACAACAACAAGGAUCUGGACGUGGACAUCAAGGAGUCGACGGGCUUCUUUGGCAGCUUUUUCCCGAACAAGAACAAGGCCAAAAAGAGCAUGAUGGAGCCGCCACCUCCCAGUCUCAAGGCGACGGGCUCGCUGACGGACCGCGAGGCGAUCGAAACGGAUGUCAUCAAGCUGUUGAUUUCGUCGUACUAUAACAUUACCAAGCGCACGAUCAUCGAUAUGGUGCCGAAGGCGAUCAUGCUGAACCUUGUCAACUUUGCGAAGGAGUCGAUGCAGCGCGAAUUGCUCCAGUCUCUCUACCAGCAAGACAUUCUGAAGGAGCUUAUGAAGGAAUCAGACCACGUCGUGGCGCGUCGCCGCGAGUGCGUCAAAAUGAUCGGCGCGCUGGAAAAGGCCGCCGAGAUUUGCGCGACAGUGUAA